AUGUCGCAACCUAAAGGCACUGCUAUUGUCACAGGAGCCAGCCGGGGAAUUGGCCGUGCCAUCGCAUUUCGCCUUGCUGACGAUGGCUUUGAUAUCGCUCUGAAUGACAUUGCGACCAAGAGCACAGAAUUGGAUGUUGUAGCCAGUGACAUUAAUGGUAAGGGACGACGAACGAUCGUUGUUCCAGCAGAUGUAUCGGUGGAAGAUGAGGUUAAAGACAUGAUUGCAACCACUGUUCGCGUUCUAGGGGGCGUUGAUAUGAUAGCUAAUGCCGGGAUAAUCACAUUUGGCAACGUCUUGGAUGCCGACGUAGAAAGUUUCGAUGCCACUUUCUCUGUGAAUGUCCGAGGGACGCUCCUCUGUUAUAAGCAUGCCGCCCGGCAGAUGAUCGAGCAAGGACGGGGCGGAAGGAUUAUAGGCGCAUCAUCAGUGCUCGGGAAGAAAAGUUCCAAGGAUUUUAUUGUGUAUAGCAGCAGCAAAUUUGCUGUGAGAGGGCUCACUCAGGCUGCAGCUAUGGAGCUUGGUCCUCACGGUAUCACCGUGAACUGCUAUGCUCCGGGGCCCAUCCAGACAGAAAUGCUGCAGACUUUGAGAGAACAAAGAGAACGAUGGACAGUUGAACAGGGACUUGAUCCUGGUUCGAUUCAACGAGUGCAGACAACAGUUGGGUACGAGGGUACUCCAGAAGAUGUCGCAAGUAUUGUCUCCUACCUCGUGUCGAAGGAGGCGCACUUUAUAACCGGGCAGAGCGUUUCUGUGGACGGAGGUCUCUUUUUCACUUAG